AUGGUCGUGACUGCGCUUAGUGGCAAGGCGAGUUUCAACGAGGUCAUACAUAAUGGGAACGUCAUCAUUAUCAAUUUCUACUCAACUUGGAGCCAGCCUUGUGAAAUAUUGUCACCUUCUUUCGAAAAGCUGUCGGAAGAGAUUUCCGGUCCGGAAUUCUAUACGGUGAACGUUAGUCAUGAGAAGGAAAUUUUCGAGCAAGUUGGUAUUAAGGAUUUUCCGACAUUCAUGGUAUUCAAAGACGGACAGAAGGUCGGGGAAGUGGUCGGACUCGAUCCUGAGCACCUUCAGAAACUGGUUGCACAGUAUGAAUCUUAA